GUCCGCUUAUAAGCACCGGGGCGGGGGGGGGAAGCUCGAGGCUGCGAGGUUCAGUGGGCUCGGCCGGGGCGGUGGGUGCCGUUUGUGACUGGCUCGAGCGGCUGCGGCACCGGCACCGGAGGACGACCCGAAGUUUCUAAUAAUCAGAACAAUUGUUGUAGAAGUUUGGUACGAUGGACCAUGCCAGAUCAGCAAUCUCCAACUUGUUUAGUGGAGAACCACUUUCAUACACCCGGUUCAGUUUGGCCCGGCAAAUGGAUGGUGACAGUCAUGUGGAGAUGAAAAUGACCGAUGAAGACAGUGGUGAAAACAAUAUAGAGAAUAAUCAACCUCGUGUUGCCAAAAGAAAAACCAUUAGUGGAAAUAUCUGCCUUGGGAUUAUUGCUAUUACAAUCUUUUUCUUGAUUGGAUUUAUGGUUGGCUACUUGGGUUAUUGUAAACAGCAAGAAAUGAAUGAUAAAUGUUCAAGUAAUUCCAGUGGAUCAACAGAGAAAGUUGAAAAGGAUGAUUCACCUGGAGCAGACCUUCCAUUCCUGGAACCUAAACCUGAAUUAUCUUGGAGUGACCUCAAACAAAUGUUGUCAAAGAGACUGGAUAGUAGAAAUCUUAGUGACACAGUAAGCACCUUGAGUAAGAAGUAUGUUUCUCAUGAGGCUGGCUCGAAGGAGGAUGAGAUGCUUGGAUAUUUUAUUUAUCAGCAAUGGAGAGAACUAAAAAUGGCCAAAGUCUGGAAAGAUAAACACUAUGUUAAAUUACAAGUCAGAGGCAGUGGUCCUCAGAAUUCACUGACCAUAUUGGAUGAGAGUGGAAAUAACAGUGACACUUUGCCUAUAGAUGGUUAUGUAGCAUACAGUGACAAUACAACAGUAAAUGGUACACUUGUUUAUGCUAAUUAUGGCUCCAAAGAUGACUUUGAGGCACUAAAGUCAAAAAAAGUUGCCAUAAGUGGAUCUGUGGUUUUACUCAGAGCUGGGAAACUUUCCUUUGCGGAGAAGGUUGCAAAUGCUCAAGCCUAUAAUGCAGUUGGUGUCUUGAUAUACCUUGCCCAUUCUGACUAUGAUAUCGUUGAAGCAGAUAUUGUACCCUUUGGACAUGCUCAUUUAGGAACAGGUGACCCCUAUACACCUGGAUUCCCUUCCUUCAAUCAUACUCAGUUCCCACCAUCACAGUCUUCAGGAUUACCUAAUAUUCCUGUCCAAACAAUCUCCAGAGCACAUGCAUUGAGACUCUUCAGUGAAAUGAGUGGUGGAGAGGACUGUCCCAUAGCAUGGAGAGGAGAUAACAAAUGUAAGAUAAGCUCAAAAGUGAAUGUGAGACUCACUAUCAACAAUGUACUAGAGGAAAGAAAACUUACCAACAUCUUUGGAGUUGUCAAAGGCAUCGAUGAACCAGAUCGCUAUGUUGUGGUAGGGGCUCAGAGGGAUGCCUGGGGUCCUGGCGCUGCUAGAUCUCUGGUAGGGACAUCUCUUCUGUUGGGGAUUGCUCGAGCAUAUUCUGAUUUGGUGUCUAAAGAUGGGUAUAAACCCAGAAGAAGUGUUGUCUUUGCCAGCUGGAGUGGUGGAGAAUUUGGAGCUGUUGGUGCCACUGAAUGGCUAGAGGGUUACCUUUCCACAUUGCAUCUAAGGGCCUUCACUUACAUCAAUCUGGACACUGCUGUUGUUGGUUCAAAUAACUUCAAAGUCUCUGCCAGUCCAUUGUUGUAUUCACUCACCGAGAAAAUCAUGAAAGAGGUAAACCAUCCGAUUACAGGAAAGAGACUCUUCAGAGACACCAACUGGAUCAGUGAGGUGGAACCACUUUCACUGGACAAUGCUGCUUACCCUUUCCUUGCCUAUUCUGGAAUCCCAGCAAUUUCAUUCCGUUUUUGUGAGAAUAUACCUUACCCAUAUUUGGGCACCAAACUGGAUACUUAUGAGAAACUGACAGAAAACAUUCCUCGUCUGAAAGACCUGAUGCAUGCAGCUGCCCAAGUGACUGUGCAAAUGAUGAUUAGGCUUACCCGGGACCAUGAGUUGUACCUAGACUAUGAGAGGUACAGUGAAGAGUUAUUCAGUUUCGUCAGGAAACUUUUGCCGUACAUGUCAGAUAUAAAGAGACUGAAUCUGAAUUUUCGGUGGCUGUUCUCUGCUCGAGGCGACUUUAGCAGGGCUACUCAUGCCCUCACAAAUGACCUCUAUCGUACAGACACUUCCAAUAAACUGGUUAAUAGAGAAAUCAACGAUCGUAUCAUGAAAGUGGAAUACAGCCUCCUUUCUCCCUAUGUCUCUCCACUGGAAACUCCAUUUCGUCAUAUCUUCUGGGGAUCUGGCUCUCAUACUCUUUCAGCUUUGUUAGACCAUUUACAGCUUUUGAAGAAAAAAGACACUAACUUCAAUGAAACAGUGUUCAGAAACCAGUUAGCUCUUGCUACCUGGACAAUUCAGGGGGCUGCAAAUUCACUGUCUGGUAAUAUUUGGGACAUAGACAAUGGAUUUUAAAUUCUCAUCUGGGAAGUAUAAGGCAGUGUAGUCCUCAAGUAAUCAACUGGUUCAAUAUUCUUCAGCAGGACUAUGAAAGUUAAAAAAACUUUAAGAUUUAAGAGUUAAAUCCUGCCUAGCAAUUAGGUACAAGGUAGGUACUUGUACUUAAUGCCAGGUGAGUGUUUUACACCCCAGCCAAAAUGAACUCAGUCUCUUGAAAAAUUGUUCAGAUUUCUCUCAUCUGUAGGCUCCAUCUAAGGAUAUUUGCAGUGUUAACUGCCUCUCAACUGAUCCCCUUCACACAGAACCAAAAGCAGUUGGGGGAAGCAGAGAUCCAAUAAUAGCACUAAAGUCCUAUCCGACAACUGCUAAUCUUAACAUGGGAAAGAGGAUGCCUACUGAGGACUUUUUGUCCACUUUUAAUUUUAUCUCUUGACCAAGAAAGGUGAGAUACCAUCUCUUCCCGGGGAGAAGACUAGGAAGGACUUCCUUGCCAGGACUGUCUAAUAAUUUAGGUGAUUCACCUAAAUAUUUGCAUUUGAUGAGCUUAACCCUGGUGUAUUCCCUAGAAAAAAAGAAAAAAAGAGGAAACCUAGAAGAAGCCAAAGAACUUUUGAUAACUCUUUCCUGCUGAAUCCCCCACCCCUCCCCUACCUCCCUCCCCCAAGAAGAAAAUUGGCUUAGUGACUUUUCCAUGCAGUCCUCUGAACUAUGUCAGAUUGAUAUGGACUCUAUUGAAAAGAUAUCACUCUUGCUCAGUUUGUCACAUCUAAACUAUAUAUUGCCAAAUUUUGGCCAAAAAGUUAACCUCAUGGGAAAGCUUUCUAUUAUUUGGCACUGAGAUAUAUUUAUUUGUCUUUAUUUAUCAGUGACAGAGUUCACUAUAAAUGGUGUUUUCAUUUUUUAUAGAAGAUAAUUAUCGGAAGCAGUGCCUUCCAUAAUUAUGACAGUUAUACUGUCGUUUUUUUUAAUUGAAAGCAGCAUCUGCUAUUAAAACUGAACAGAUACUAGAAGUUUUGCAUAUGACUUGUUUGGCUUUUGCCACUAGACAGGUCUUGACUCAAAUUUCAAUUCAUACAACUUUUUUGAGUAAAUGAGAUGAAGUCAUCCUUGGAGAAAUCCUGUUGAACGGAACUUGUCUUGAUUAGGAAUUAAAUAUUUUAACAUUUUAGGCAAAAUUGGAUCGUUUCUCAAAUGUAUUUAGCACAGAGAAAAUGAACUUGAUGAAAUAAACCCAUCUUUGUAAAAAAUUUGCAUCUUAAAAUUGGCAUGUCUGCAUUGCAUCAGAAUUUCAGUGCAAAACUUCCAGUACCUCUUUCACAAAUCUAGCUUACAUUAUCGGAAGCAGUGUCUUCCAUAAUGAGUAAAGAACAAGGUAGUUUUUGCCUACCACGGUGUUUAUAUCGGAGACAGUGAUCUCCAUAUGUUACACUAAGGGUGUACGUAAUUAUCGGGGACAGUGUUUCCCAUAAUUUUCUUCAUGCAAUGACAUCUUCAAAGCCUGAAGAUCGUUAGUAUCUAACAUGUAUUUUCAGCAUUUUAUUCUUGUCUUUUUUUAGUUGCAGAAGCAUACCUUGUCAACAUUGUCUAGUAAAUAUUAUGGCAUUGUAAAUCAAAACUUUUUCAGGUUUUGUGGGUUCCCCAUACCGCCCCCCCCAUUUAAUAUGGGAGUUUUCCUGAUACUUGUAGUUUCUCAAUUUUCUGUUAACAAUGAAUUAAUGUGCUUACUUUCCACUAGGUUGCGUUUCUUGAUGUACUGGUCCUAAUGAAAGUUUGGUUUUUUGAGUUUUGGGGGUUUUUAAGCUGGAAAGGGGGUGGAGUGGGAAAGAGUGGGAGAAGGUUUACAGGGGUCUCAGAACAUGUUUAUUUGCUUAAUAGAAUGGUGGUCAUUGUAGAUCCAGACAAACCUGGAGGCUUUUGUGGGUAAAGGAGAUUUUCUCUUUUUAGCAAAUGGCUAUUCUAGGUCAUCCAAAAUUACCACACACCCAGACAAUGGCAGGUCCAUUAAGGUGUCUCCAAAUGAAAUUUUCAGGAACUUGAAUUUGUGCCUGUCUCUGAGUUUCUUGUGCAAUCUGAUCUUAAUCUCAGCAGUGAUGUAGGGAUGUUAAUUCAAUGUUUAAUGAUAGCCACUUAUGAAGGAGGCAACAUGGUUGGGCCCAUUGCUUCUGAAUAUCCAUAACCAAGCUUACCACCUUUAUUAUGUUCUGCUCUUGUUUAGGACCAAGAGCACGCAUGGCCUAGUAGUACACAGGUUUUGGAAGGAGCCAUGCUUAUCUUCUGGUUCUUAAUUAAUUGGCACAAGACAUGGGCAUUUCCAUAAUGUUCAGAAUGGUGGUUUUGUUGCUGAUGGUUUUUCAGUACUAAAAACCAUGGCCCAUCAAUUGAGGCUUAAGAUCAAAGAAAGCACAUCUUCUGCUCAUGAUUCCUUGUUUUGGGUGGGUGAAAGCACUAGCAUGUACCUCACUGUGUACUUAUUUCAUCAAUGUUUAUCCACUAAAACUUUCAGCAGGUUAAAAUAAUGUAUUAGAGUUGUGAUUUUACUACUCAGCUUUUUUUUGGUGCAUAGAUUAUUGCUGUUACUAGUCACUAGCCGGUAUGUGAAAUAUUGUAGAGGUUUCUUGUUACUUGACUAAAUAAAAUGCCCAAAGACAUUAA